AUGACUGAUCCAUUACAAUCCCUGGACGAUUCAGGCAGGCCCAUACCUGCCGCCGUCUCCCAGCAUGUCUACGCAAUUGCCGGCAUCUCAGUCACGGUCUUUGGAUUGGAAGAGCUCUGCAAAGAGGCCUCAGAGGUCGCAUGUCUCUGGCUUCUUCACCCAAGACUAGCCACUCAGAAGCGCAUGAUGAAUAUUGCCAACUCCGCCAUCGGCGACUGGAACAACAGAACUCAGGACACACCCUCAGCCAAGGGCCUAAUUGCUGUCUCGUUCGACCAACGAAACCAUGGCUCCCGGAUGGUUGACCCUCUUGCCAAUGAGACUUGGAGAAAGGGGAAUCCACGGCAUGCCCAGGAUAUGUUCUCCAUCUUCCAGGGCACUGCAAGAGAUACAUCGCUGCUCAUGGACUACCUUCCCUCCUAUACAUUUCCCAACGGAGAGCAUGAGAUCACUGAGAACCUGGUUCUGGGAGUCUCACUAGGCGGGCACGCAGCAUGGAGCUGUCUAUUGCACGAGCCUCGAGUCAGCACCGGGGUUAUCAUCAUCGGCUGUCCAGAUUAUAUCAAUUUGAUGGCAGACCGCGCACGACUGUCGAAAUUGCCAUCAUGGACUAAGAGUGACCCGCCUGGGGCUGAGGUCCUUGGCUCAGAAGCUCUGCCGACUUCUUUCCUAAAGACAGUCAACCGAUAUGAUCCUGCCGGUAUGAUGCUUCAGCAUGUGGAUUGCGGGCCAUCGACUAGUCCUUUGCGCGAAGGCCCGUUGCCUCAGCCCUCAGAAAGUGAGCAGGAGGUGCUCCGACCGUUGCUGGUUCGUGCCUUGGGUGGCAAACGAAUUUUGAACAUAUCUGGCGGCAAGGACAAGCUUGUUCCCUAUCAUCGCGGGGAGCUGUUCCUCAAUUGGUUCAAACAGACUGUCUCGUCUGAUGGGUGGUUUGGUGAUGGUGCAGUGUCCUUUGAAGAUAUCAUUGACCAGACGGCGGGCCACGAAGUCACUGCCAAGAUGGUCGAUGAGGCUGUUCGGUUUAUCAGCGAGACACUGGCCUCUGGUCCCGAUAGAGAGUCAAAGAUCUGA